AUGGCCAUGGAAUGGCUGGUUAGUCAUGCUGACGAUCCUGUGCAAGAGGAUGAUGAACUAGCUCGAGCACUUGCUCUAUCACUUGGAAAUUCAUCAGAGACUUCCAAAGUUGACAGUGUUGAUAAGCUAAUGGGUUUCAGACUUCCAAAGUUGACAGAAGAAGGGCCACCUCCAUUACCUCCAAUUGAUGAUAUCCUCAAUGCAUCUUUGAAGUUGUUCCAGUGUAGUAAUAACAUGACAUUUUCAUUGACAGACUUGUUUGUAGCACUUUGCAAUCAUAACAAAGGAGAAGACCGUCCAAAAGUUCUAUCAUUUCUUAUUCAGCAGCUGAAGCUCUGCCCACUGGAUUUUUCUAAGGACUCCACUGCAUUAUGUAUGAUAUCUCAUAUUGUAGCACUGUUUCUUUCUGAGGAUGGAAAUACACGUGAAAUUGCUGGCCAGAAUGGUAUAGUACCUGCUGUCAUUGAUAUAUUGAUGGAAUUCAAGGCUAGAAAUGACUUGGGGAGCAAGAUUACGGCACCAAAAUGUAUCAGUGCUUUACUUUUAAUCUCGGAUGAUAUGUUGCAGUCACGAUCAAGAAUAUUUUAUGGAAUGAUGGAGGGUACUCAGACAGUAUCUCAGCCUGACUCAUAUGGGGAGCAUGCUUCUUUGACAGUUCCAGAAUUAAUUACAGAAAAAAAAUCAGCUUUAGAUGCUAACGAGAAAGAAUCAAUCACUCCAUUUGAGAAAAUAUUGGGAAAAUCUACUGGUUACUUGUGCAUAGAAGAGACUGAGAAGUUGCUUCUUCUUGCAUGUGAUCUAAUCAGACGGCACGUUCCAGCAGCGGUCAUGCAGGCUGUUCUUCAGUUAUGUACUCGCCUAACAAAAGCACAUGCAUUAGCUUUGCAAUUUCUCGAAAAUGGAGGCUUAGCUGCUCUUUUUAGUCUUCCAAGAACUUGUUUUUUCCCUGGUUAUGAUACUGUUGCAUCUGCAAUUUAUUAG